CUGAUCCAGGUCCAGGUCCCAGUGCUGAGCCAUUGACUGCACACUGGAAAUCUAUGUCCAGUGGUGGUGGUGCUCAUCCAUUUUAUAAUCUAAUAGCUAAUAAUGAGCCCAUACUAACAACCCAUCAUCAUAACCCUACACAUGAUCAUCAGCACCCGCACCCACACCAUCAUCAUCAACACCACCCACACUCAUACAUCCAUCAUAACCAUCAUAAUACCAUUAUCCAUGAUCAUCAUAGCCCCCCACCACCAUAUUCCCCAUUACAUUCAGUGCUAAAACCAUCUCAUUUAGGCUAUACACACGCGGCACCUGUAGCCAAGUCAUCGCCACCAUCAUCAUCAUCAUCGUUGCCAUUUGGCGGUAUAGCACCCGAACUACUAUCGGACAUACCCGAUGGCGGCCGAUUUAAAUACCAGCGGGAAUUGUCGCCAAAAGUCAAUCAUAUCUAUUCCCAGUAUCUCAAGGGCGGCGGCGGUGCGGGCGGUAAACAUUGUGAUGAGUCGGCCACCAGCGGCGGUGACCACUUUUCUAAUGAUGGUCCCGUUGACGAUGAUGAUGACGACCACCAUCAUCGACACGGAUUUAGCAGCGGUUUCGGUGAUUUUGAUUCGGCUUUUCGUGUGGCCGACGACCAAAUCAAGGACUACGAGCGGGCAAACCAGGAAUACCUGGCCCGCGAUAGUCGUGGCCUUAAUUUCAGUGCCUAUAUCUAUGUGGCCACACUUCACGCUAAAUAUAAUGAAUUUCUAACCGAUUAUAUUAGCAAAUCAAAAUGUUACGACAAAUACAAGUCAACGGUAGGCAUGUCUAAGAUGGACAUACCAUCCAAUGGCUGGUCGGACAACAAAUACUGCGAUAUUCAACGAUCGGACAGCGAUUACGUUGAUUGUCAUCCAAAUGAUAAAUAUCGGCGACUGGACGGCCGCUGCAAUAACCCGAUGCACGCCAAUUGGGGAUCAAAUUUUCACUGUCAUCGGCGAUUGUUGCCGCCCGACUACGCCGACGGUAUACAAGCACCGCGUCGGGCCAUCGACGGCAAAGAGCUACCCAAUCCGCGACUGUUGACCAACAUAUUGAUGCCCGACCUGCCGUUGGACGAUCCGAAACGUACGUCAAUGCAUAUGAUUUGGGGACAGUUUGUCGUACACGACACGUUCAAAACCAUACAAUCCCUCGGGUUGGCCAUCAACUGUUGUAACCCACGUGGCGGCGGCGGCUCACGUCGUCCACAUCCCGAAUGUUUCCCGAUUGAUAACAUACCUACCGAUAAGUUGACCGCCCGUUUCAAUCAGCGGUGUAUCAAUUUUGUCCGAUCGGCUUCAUGUAAUACCUGUCAUUUAGGUCCGCGCAAUCAGUUAAACGCUGCGACACCGACACUGGACUUAUCCCAUGUCUACGGCGGCAAUCUUAUCAACAAUUCAUUUGUAUUGCGCGAAUUCAAAGGCGGUCGACUACGCGGCCAAAGGGAUCAAAAAGGCGGUAUCAUAUUGCCAGUAGCUCAGCUGCCCCGCGAUCAGGACACUGUCGACCUGACCCAGUGUACACCCCCAGCCGAGCGGCCGUGGCAACAAUGUUUUCAUAGCGGUGACGGUGUCCGCAGUAACCAGAACCCGCUGGUCAACUCCUUGCAUAUAGCUAUGCAUCGGCGACAUAAUCAACAUGCCGGUGCCCUGUCCAAAGUUAAUCCACAUUGGUCGGAUGAGAUACUGUUUCAGGAGGCCCGACGACUAUUAAUAGGCGAAUAUCAGAAAAUUGUUUUCGGCGAAUACAUACCGUCCCUAUUGGGCAAAAAAGUUGUCGACUACUAUGACCUGGACGUACGUGAACAACAUGGCUUCACUAAAUACAAUCCGAAACUGGAUCCAUCGUCCAUACAGGCUGUUGGUGUGGCCGGUAUGCGUAUGGGUCACUCCCAAGUUGCCUCACUGUUCCGUAUUAUACAGAAAACCCAGGAGUCGUUUGCCUUCAAUUUGAGGGAUAAAUUUUUCGACGUUUCCGACCUUUACGACGGACUGGCCAGCGGUUUGAUAAAAGGUUUGGUAGAAGACUCUGAUCGUAAUGUCGAUCCGUUUGUCGUAACCGAUGUCAAAGAUUUCUUGUUUUUCAAUCCCCGACAACCCAGUGUUGUCGACCUGCCGGCCAUCAACAUUAAUCGUGGCCGCGAUCACGGUGUACCCGCUUAUGUAUACUAUCUUGAAUACUGUACGGGUGUUCGGGUACACAAAUGGUCGGAUUUGAAUAAGUUUAUACCCGCGGAAAAUGUCCAAAAAUUAAGAUCACUAUACAAACACUUCAAAGACAUCGACCUGUUUGUCGGCGGCCUACACGAGGUUCAUGUCGGGGGCGGUUCAGCACUGGGACCCACUUUUUCCUGUCUGAAUGCCAUACAAUUUCAUCACUGGAAAUACGGUGACCGAUACUAUUUCGAGCAUGGCAAACAAGCCGGGUCGUUUACGCCAGAGCAAUUGGAUAACAUACGUCAGACUACAUCCCUGUCCAAUCUGCUGUGCAAAACAAUGGACCUGAAGUCAAUUCAGGUGAAUCCGAUGUUCAUACCGUCCCAUUCAUCCAACCCUAAGAUAUCGUGUCAAGUGUUGCCGGAAAUUGAUUACGAACUUUGGCGAGACGUUCACUAUUUUAAAAAAUAA